UGAAACUGCUAAACCACAGUGCCCAUAUCAGCUUCGUACUCCAUAUGGAUAGGCAGUUGCUCUAAGGACCUGAGCUGCACCUGACUGCUCCUGGAAUAACUUCUUGUGCUCAGCCUCAUGCUGCUGUACUCACUGCUACUGGUCCUUGCUCCUGUGGGUGUCCAGUCUGACUGGCUGAGCAUCAGUAUGCCACAGAGGGCCUAUGAAGGAGACGAAGUGACCAUAAGGUGCUCUGCGUAUAACAAUGGUGAAAUAAUGAAUCUAGUGUACUACAAGGAUGGAUAUCAACUAUCUGCUUACUCCGGUGCCUCGAAUUACAUCAUUUCCAAUGCAAGAACCAGUGACAGUGGCUCAUAUUAUUGUAAAGCAAAUAGGAACGUUCUCUGGAUUCUAAAUAAACCUGAAGAAACAAAAUCUGUAUGGCUCCAUGUCCAAGAGCUGUUUCCAGUGCCUACGCUGACAUUCAGCACCUUUUUACCUACAGAGGGAAGCUCAAUGACCCUAUCCUGUGAUACCACGCUCCCUGCAGAUAGGUCAUGGAUCUCUCUUCGCUACGACUUCAGCAGAGACUACAACAAACUAGGUUGGAGAGAGUGGUCACCAAAGUUUGAGAUCUCAGCAUUAAGCAAAGAAGACUCAGGAUACUACUGGUGUGAGGCGAAGACAUUAUCCAACAGUGUCUCGAAGCAGAGUAGCAAAUCUCACAUAAGCGUGCAGAGGAUCCGUGUGUCUCAAGUCUCCAUGGAGACCUAUCCCCCGGGAAACCAAGCAGUUGUGGGGAAACAGCUGACCCUUGUCUGCUCCGUGGCUGAAGGCACAGGGAACAUCACAUUCUCCUGGUACAGAGAGGACACAAAAGAGAAUCUGGGGGCAAAAAGUCAGCCAUCCCAGAGAGCAGAGCUGCAGAUCCCGGUGGUCCAGGAAAGCCAUGCCGGAGGAUACUACUGUACAGCUAACAACAGCUACGGCCCCAUUCAGAGCAAGACAGUGAACAUCACCGUGAGAAUUCCAGCCUCAAGUCCCCUUCUCACCAUUAGUCCUCCUGGGGCCCUGGCCUUUAUUGGUGAUGUGGUGGAGCUCCACUGUGAAGACUGGAGAGCUUCUCCCCCAAUUUUGUACCGGUUUUAUCAUGAAGACGUCAUCCUGGGGAAUAUCUCAGCACCUUUUGGAGGAGGAGGAUCCUUCAACUUCUCCGUGGCAGCAAAUCAUUCAGGGAACUACUCCUGUGAAGCUGACAAUGGCUGGGGACCCAGCCCCAGUAAGGUGGUAACGGUUAACGUUGCAGGGCCCCCACGCAAAGUGCGUCUGAUGAAUGGUCUCCACCGCUGUGAAGGACGAGUGGAGGUGGAACAGGAAGGCCGCUGGGGCACUGUGUGUGAUGAUGGCUGGGACCUAAGGGAUGUGGCAGUGGUGUGCCGGGAGCUGGGCUGUGGAGCAGCCAGGCACACACCAGUUGCCUUGUUGUAUCCACCUGUGGCAGAAGAGGCCCUGCCUGUGCACAUUCAGGUGGCCCUGUGCAACGGCACAGAGGUGGCACUGGCUGAGUGUGAGCAGGUGGAGGCCUUCGACUGUGGACAUGAUGAGGAUGCAGGGGCCGUGUGUGAAGUGCUAGAGCCUGGUGCUUUCUGAAGACCUGGAGACUGGAAGCCAGCAGGCCUCAGAUUUUCUUCUUUUAGGCCUCCCUGACCUCCACAGCCCCACACCUCCCAGUGGACUUGAUGACUUUGCUCAGGACUCACCCUCAGCAGGACUCUGACAGCACCUUCAGGACCAAAGUCUCACCCUGCUGCAUUAAAGGCGAAGCGCAUCUCUCAAAGAGGACAGGCCUGGGGAAAUUGUCCUCCCACCGAGGCAUCUUGUGCAGGAUUCCCCCCACCUUCCCGGCGUGUCUCCUUGGGCUGGAACAGCUGGAGAUGGAGCCAGCAAGGAAUGAACUGAGGUGAAAUGGGUUCUACAUCUGGCAAAAAUGUACAUACAUAAAACAGAUGAAAUAAAGGAAAAUUGUGGG